GAAGGAGGUGGGAACAAAACCGGUUUUUAGAUCACGGUUUAAGUUCGGGUACACACGCAUAUUGUCGGAAAAAAUAUAUAUAUAUAUAUUAUUAACACAAUUUGUGGAAAUUGUAAUAGUGUUGGAAGUGUACGCUUUAAAUGGUAUAGCAUUAAUCUGUUCGGUUUCAGCAGACGACUACGAACGGUAUAUUUUACAAAAUUCACUAAUAUCAUAAUUUUAUAUUUGUUUCUACUAUAGUCAGUGAACAUGUUUAAUAUAUUCGCCAUGUUCGCUCUAAGCAGCUACUGGUCAUACCUGGCCGUAUUCGUGUCAAUUAAUUCGGCAAUAUUAUUCGCGUUUUACAACUAUUGCAGUUCAACACAUGGUUUCUGGAAAACUCUCAACGUACCAUACGUACGUCCGAUCCCUGUGUUCGGCAACUACUUCCGUGUGGCAUUCGGUAUGGAACAUCAUGUGGAUUUGUACAGGAGGAUUUACCAUCAGCUCGCAGGUCACAAAUACGGAGGUUUUUUUCAGAUGAGAACGCCGUACCUGAUGAUUCGUGACCCGGAACUCAUUAAGACGAUUCUAGUAAAAGAUUUUAUGAACUUUCCCGACCGUGGUAUAGAAACAGAUUUUUCGAUAAAUCCGUUGUCUCUUAACUUGUUUUUUAGUCGUUCCAAAGAUUGGAAAACCAUGAGAAACAAAUUGAGCCCGACAUUCACGUCUGGCAAACUUAAGUCAAUGUACGAUCAGAUAAGAAAUUGUAGCGAUCUAUUAAUACUUAAUUUACGCGAGACUUUAAAAGAAACUGACGAAAUUGACUUCAAGUCUACUUGUUUAAAAUAUUCCACUGACAUUAUGGGCACCUGUUUUUAUGGACUUAAAAUGGACUCUUUGGUCGAUGAAUCAUCGGAAUUCGUCAAAUACGGCAAGACUAUCUUUAAACCGUCACUUAGGGUAGUUUUUAGGGAAAUUUCUGUGAUGAUUAACCCUGUAUUUUUGAAAAUUUUGAGGAUUAGAGAUUUUCCAUCUGAGGCGUCAAAUUUUUUCUAUAAUACGUUCUGGAAUAUAAUGAAAUAUAGGGAGGAAAACAACAUCGUUAGGAAUGAUUUUGUUCAAAUCUUAAUGCAAGUGCGAAAAGAUUUAGUAUUAAACGAAAAUUUACUACCCGAAGGUAUACAUCAAUUUUGAAAAUAGUAAUAAUUUUAUUAAUUCGCUAAAGUAUUUAUUGAUUUUUUUAAAUUUUUAUUUUAGAAAAACUUACUGAUACUCAUAUCAUAUCAAAUGCUUUUGUUAUGUUUGCCGCUGGACUGGAAACAUUGUCUAGUUCUCUGAGUUUUUGUUUAUAUGAACUUUCGUUAAAAAAACAUAUACAAGAUAAAGCACGCGAAGAAAUUAAGUCCAUCAUGGCAAAGAAUAGCAGUGGAGAAAUACAUAACGAUUCGUUUACUGAGCUUACCUACUUAAAUAUGAUUAUAUCCGGUAAUUAUUAUUUUUUAUUAUUGUUUUUACUUUAAAUCAAGUUAAAACCGAUAUUUUCAAAUAUUAGAUUUUUCAAAAAAAUUAAGGAGUAAUUUUGAUUUUUUAAAUGGGUCUAUAUUAAAAAUUUCAUAAAUAGACGGAGUAUUACUUACAUAAAUUUCGGUGUUUAAAUUUUUCAUUCCCGUCAAUCCGUUAACAAGAUAUAUCACUUUUAAGUUUAGGUAGAGGGAGAAUAGUUAAGUAUUAUUUGUGUGACAGCACGGUGUCGAUUUAUCGUAAAACACUCAUUAUCUAGGAUAGUAUAAACUUUUUUCGGAAUUUGUUUUACAGAACAUUUAAGAAACAACCAUUUCUACACUUUACAUGUAAUCGCAUGUUAUAUUUUGUUACUCUUAUUUUUGAGAGUACAAUCACUACUUAAUUUUUAUUUUCUAAUGUCAAUCUAUAAUGAAAAUUCUAUAAAUAAAUGAAGUAUUAUUUAAAAUAAAUGUUGGUGUUAAAAUUAUGUAAAGUUAUACUCCGUCUAUUUUUUGGAAUUUUUAUUAAAGGUUCUCAUGGUUCUCAAGGUUCUCAAGGUUGGUAUCACCACUAGAUACAUUUUAAAAGUCGUGAAAAAAAUAAGUAUUCAAAAAUAUCGGCUCUAACUACAGUUAAAAAUUCCAAAUUAUAAUUUGAAUGUAUGCAAAAUUUAACGAAAAAAAUGGGUUGAGCACGCUUAGUGAACAACCCUGUACAUUUUUAAUUAUUUAAAAAUAAUAUUAAGAAAUACGUUUCGUACCACCAAUUUGAUAUUUUUGACCGGUAAUAAAAUAACCUAUGAGUUUUAUAGAUUUGAAGUGUAGCGAGAAAUGUAUUGGUUUUGUAAUAAUGUUUUAUUUUAUUUUCUCUUUCAUAUACAGUGUAUGCAGAGUCGUAUUUAUGUAGUGACUCGGGUGGGCGAUUGUCCGGGGCGCAACUUUUUAGGGCCGCCGAAAAAAUUGUUAAACAUUUUUUUAUUUUUUGUGUAGUAGUUUUCACAUUGUUUUUCAUAAUCAUUGUAUAUUUUAUCACGAUUUGUUUUACUUUUACAAUUAUAAAUAAAACAUAAAAGAGUAUAUCGAUAAUGAUAUCUGUCCGUUGCGAGAAUGCGGUUAUGUUAUAAAUUAUAAAUAAUACGUCGCAUCAGUAUUAAUACCAGUAGAUGGCCAAAAUAAUAUACAGUCAUGGAAAACAAUUUCCUUUUGCUUACGAAAAAGACAGGAUUAUUAUCAAUGAUAUUAUGUUUGUGUUAUUAAAAUCUAACUUUAUUUAAAAAAUAUUAUUACGGCCUUGUAGGAUUUACUAAUUUGUAUGUUACAGCAUAUAGUAAGUAUUAUCAUUUGUAAAAAUAAUAGAGUUAAACACACAGUCAGACAUUUUUUUUUUUUUUUACGAGUCAAUGUGGAGAAAAUGUGAAAGGGGCGCACGGAAUAAUUGUAAUCCGAAGGCAACAAAACACUACACACAGCCCUGAGUGUAUGAAAUAUCAUAGUCAAAUGUCAAGUGUAUGAAAAUAUUGCUUCAAUAAAAAAAUUACAAGAGAUCUUAGACGUGGUUAAAAUGGAAAACCGUGAAAAAACUUAGGAAUAAACGAACAAAUAUUUACGGCGUAACGUUUUUACAUUUUUGUAACACUUAUGUUUUCUACUAAAAAUCUUGCAUCAAUCAACAAAAGACCUUUUUUGUCUGAUUUGAGAGCUACAUGUUCAUGAAAAGAGUUGUUUUUUGUUUUUAUAGUAGUUUGAAAAAUGAAAACAGUUAAAUUUACUGCGACAGGAUUCCUUUUUAUUUUAAAUUCGUACGACUUAUAUUUUCUACCAGAAAUAUUGCUCCAAAAAUUACAGAACUGCUUGAAUAUUCCACGGAAAAUCGUAAUUUGUAAUAAAAAAAAAACUUUUUAAUGUAGUAUUUUUUUUGAUAAAAUUUUUGAACUCAAAUUUUGACAAAAAUCGUAAAUAUUACGGCCUUUUCAAACCGAAUUUCGUUCCGAAUUAUUUUUCGUUUUCAACGGUUUAUUAUUGCAUACAGAUAUAAAUGAAAUUCCUGUCUGUAUAUAGUACAAUCCCAAGUUUUUACCUUCAGCAGUGGCCCAUCUGUCGUGCAAAGGAUCUGUCUUUUCAAAAUUUGAUUUUCAACCAUCUAUAAAGGGGUUAGGGACUAAACUUUCCAUUUUAAAGUAUUAAAUGGUCGUUAAAUUAUUAUAUUAAGUGCAUUGUUUUUUUUUUUUUUUUUUUUUAUAUACCUAGUAUUUUUUUAUCUCUUAAAAAGGGAAUCUUCUCGCCUUUAGGCGAAGGGAUUUUUUCAUCCGUGGAUGUAUUUCUUUAAUAUAUAAUCUAUACGAACUAUAACUAAUAUAUUUUUUCGCACUUGAAUUUUAGACUGUAAAAGUUUAAAUACGAAAUUUGAAUUUAUUUUAUCUGUUUACUAUUUGAUGUUUCCCUUGGACUUUGUCGUUACAUAAAAAAAAGUAACAAACAAACAAAACCACAGAUAAUAUUAUACAAAAAUCCUAUACCUAUUGCGACUUAUUUAUACAAUGUAUAGGUAAUAGUUAUAUGGUAUACAUUUUGUUUUGUUUUUUUUCUUAAUACUUAUAUACUAACAAUUCGUUUUUUAGAAACAUUACGAAAGUACCCUGCAGCCCACGCAUUAUUUAGAGAAGCAUCACAAAUGUAUCAGAUACCUAAUAGUUCAUUGAUUAUUGCUAAAGGCCAAAAAUUAGUAAUUCCAACCUAUUCAAUGCAUUAUAAUGCACAGUAUUAUCCUGAUCCCGAAACGUUUGAUCCAGAAAGAUUUUCACAGGAAGAAAAGAUUAAGCGUCCCAGUGGUACAUAUUUUCCAUUUGGGGAUGGACCGCGGAUAUGUAUUGGUAAAAUGAAUAGAUAAUAGUUUAGAAUUUGCACAGUUAUUAAUUUGUUCGUUUUUAUAUUACGCAUGUAUUAUAGGUAAACGUUUUGCUGAAUUUGCGUUGAAAAUGGCUCUAAUAGAAAUAUUAUCAAACUACGAAGUGGAGCCGUGUGAGAAAACUAAAAUUCCUAUGCAAUUUGGUAAAGGGUCUUUAAUCAUUUUACCAGAGAAUGAAGUUUGGUUAAAAUUAAAUUUGAUUGCUGACAAUAACACGUCACUAGCUUAAUAUUGAAAUUGUAUUUAUUUACAUCUUUAU